UGCAACUUAGCUAGAGAUUCGACAGUGCAAUACAAGCCAAAGAAAAUUUCUAUGCAUUUUCGGCUGUUCGACCUCCAUGACCCUGGAGCAGGCAAGAAAGGCAUAGCGCAGGAAUCCUCAGGACAGCAGGCACUCAUCGCACUCGCAAGGACGAUCAAAGGAUAGUUAUCAAGCAGGAGUGUGAAUGAGUUGUGCUCACGCCUCGCUCCGACUUGAAAUUUUGAAAAGCUGAGAUGAGUCGAGUAUGGCCGCUGCUGCUCAGGAGCACCGUGAUACUGGCGCUGUGGGUCGCCCUGGCCAUCCUGAGCGUCCGCACGGCGCAGAGUCUGGUCAUGAAAUCACACCUGCCGAUCGUGUUCCUCGCCGUCUGUGGUAUAUUCUAUAUCAUCCUGAACAUCGUUUGUUUCACUCAGUUGAUCCUCUGCAAGAGUGGCAUCAUCAACAGACUGUUUCUCAUCCUGCUUCUCCUCACAAUGACGGUUCUCAUGUACCCGUUGUGCCUUCAAGUAUGGCGUGCCUUUAUGGCUGCCAUCGAGAAAGACCCAAGAAUCAGGAAGCAAAAGAUUCUGAAAGCCAGGUACGCAAAUUGGGUUGCCUCGAAGCCGUCCGCGAAGCAGCUUCCAGACGUGGAUUCGCCACACACGUUUGGAAGUUGCGUGCCAUCCCGGCUAGCUCCUGCUUCGCCAUCAGGUGCAUCCAGCCAACAGGAUGCUUCUGUCCCUGACAAUGACUCUCCGGCCCUCGGUAACCAGCACCAGGUUCCAUAA